GGUGCUGGGCGAAGCACACUCGUGUUGUAAAGCUCUUGCCUAGUUGCCUAAACAUAAUAAGCCUGUUUUGACCGACGCAACAACGGUUGAAAGAUGAGACUCGCACUUUUGUUGUGUUUCUUCAGUUUUAUUUGGUUGGCUGACUGUGUACCACCGACAUGCUAUUCCCGAGUGCUCGGCUUGAGCAAGGAAAUAAUAGGCCUUUUGGAAAAACUAAACAAUUAUCAUCGCACGAAAACAUGCGUUGAGAUUCUGCCCAAGAUGUUUCUGGAUGUGCAAAAUUCGUGCAUCAAUACCAAGCUCCGUGACUUCCUCUAUGUUAUGGAGAACCUUCCUACGCAGUACUGCAGAGAGCGACCCAGGAUCAUGUUGUUGAAGCAGAAAGUCACCAACCUGUACAGAAUCAUCAACAGAAUCUGUUAUCGGGACCUAGUGUAUUUUACAGAUGACUGUGAGGCCAUUGAGACUGGCCAGAGUACCCCUCACUACAGAGAGGACAGGCUCCAGCUGCUGGUGGAAGAGAAGAGAUGAGCCCAUCCAGAGACAAACACACAUACACCACACACACAUACAACACACACACAGGAAUAUAAUUGUGAGGGCAUGUAAACUCUGUUUCACUCACACACACACAUACAUAGCAUCACACAUAACUGUAGCUAAAAAACAUGCCAACAUAGUUUAAUUUCUAACCUGUAAGCCUAAAGAUUUGAGUUUUUUGUCCAAAAGAGGUCUCAUGUUAGAUGGCAUGUGUUACACUUCAAAUGGAGAACUUUCCACAGUAAAUUAGCUGAAUACCAGCUAUUCUGAUAAACCUUUUACCAGAAUAAACCAAAAUGUUUGUGUGCCUCACUUACUGCUUGUCACGUUCCUGACCUGUUUUCCUUU